CGGAGUUUGCGGAAGUUUUUCAGCGAAGUUCAGUUUGCGCCAAAUCUGGGAUACGACAGGAACGGGGGGAGAAAGACUGCCUCUUCCAUUCGAAUUUCAGCCCCCGUCCCGGUUCAGAGUGGGGACUUGGAGAAAUGAUGUUAAAUCUGAAGGAGGAUGAGAAGUUCACGAUUAGGAGUUUGCACGUCUUUGUGAUGAGAUGCCAAAUUUCUGAUGCCAAUCCACAAUCAUUUUGACUCUUCUGUCACAUCCACCGAAAAAGCUGAGCAAGCAAAAUGUCUCAAAGGUAUUCAGACAGUAACCUGGAAGAAGAGUCUCAGGUUUUGGUGUUGGAACAGACAUUCAAGUCUGACUUCCAGAUUAACUCUGAUUCUGACAGGUUGGUGACUCAGAGUGGCAAAUCUUCACUCCUGGGAAUGGACAAUCUGGCAUUGGGCAGUGCCAAUUCCAUGCCAUCGCUCUCAGAUGUACCAAAGGUGGUUUUGAGCACAGACAGUCCAGCUGCACUGAAGAAGGGGCACCAGCAGAUUAUCCCCAGCAAAUUGGCCGUGACAACCAAGACUAAGAUGAGGCCUCAGAGCAGUGGGCCCUCCGGGAGGCGGGAUAGUGGCAGGAGGGAAGUGCGGAGCAUGCCACCAACUGACCUGCGGUAUGAGGAGGGGAGUAAUGCGGGGAGCUCAAGUGGGACACUGCAACGUAAUCGCCGCAACAUGUCGUAUAAGGUGGCAACGGACAGCUUGUCUGAAUACUCGGAGGAGAAGAAGCUGUUGUCUCCUCCCACACUGCCACCAUUAGGAGAAAUGCCAACAGUGCAACCAGCUCGAAGUCCAGGCAGGACCAAGCGAACAUUAGGAAGAAAGAAAGGACCCAGAAAUCGAAGUUCCUUUAAGGAUGAUCCAAGGCUAUAUCAGGAGGUGCGGGAGAGAGGCCUGGACAGUGUUCCGGAGUCGGACGAUGAUUUGCUGGAUGAUACCAAGCACUUAGAAUCUGCAGAACCAGACGACAAGAUUGUGGUUCAGAAUUACAGACCGGCUCAGAUGAUGUGGAGCCAAUUACCGCAGGUUCUAGAGCAAGGGAUUCUGCACAGACUGUCAGCUGAGGAACGCAAGAGGCAAGAGGCCAUCUUUGAGAUCAUUGUAUCUGAGUACUCCUAUCAGCACAGUCUGACAGUCCUGAUCGACAUGUUCAAGAACUCCAAGGAACUACAGUCGACCAUGACUAGCACUGACCACCAUCAUCUCUUCUCCAACAUAGGUGACAUUCAAGAGGCCAGUAAAAGAUUUUUUGAAGACCUUGACAUGAGGCUCCAGCAAAACCCAGUCAUUCGAGACAUCAGUGACAUUGUGGACCACCACGCAACGAACUGUUUUGGUGCUUACGUCGUCUACUGCUCAAAUGAAAUCUACCAGCAACGAACGCUCGAGAGGUUACUCAAUUCCAACACACUUUUCAAGGAAACCCUGAAGCGGAUUCAGAGCAAUUCAAAGUGUGGAGGUCUACCCAUCAUCUCCUUCCUGAUUCUGCCAAUGCAGAGGGUGACCCGACUCCCACUUCUCAUGGACACUAUUUGUCAAAAAACCAACCGUUUUCAAGUGGAAUAUGAUGCAGCCACGAGAGCAUUGAAGGCCAUCAGUAAGUUGGUUAAAUUGUGCAAUGAGGGAGCGCGCAGGAUGGAGCGAACGGAACAGAUGUGUACCAUCCAGACGCAACUGGACUUUGGGAAGAUUAAGGCCUUCCCUCUCAUCUCCACUUCAAGGUGGCUACAGAAAAGCGGGGAGCUGACCGUCUUUGUGGAAGAAUCUGGGAUCUUGCGCAAAGUGUUUGGGAAGCAAAGUUGUUUCCUCUUCCUCUUCAAUGAUGUGUUGAUUGUUACCCGGAAACGAAGUGAGGAGAGCUACAUGGUACAGGACUAUGCCAUGUUGGACCAAGUGGAGGUAGAAGCACUGGAGAGCAAUGAGUCUCCCCACUCUCCCCCAGGCAAGGCCGUAAGUGGUGGAACCCUCCCUCGCAGCAACUCCAACACUUGCCUUUUCAAAAUAAUCAUGAAGAAGAACAGUGCUGGUGAAAUGGAGCAAAUUGUGUUAGCCACGGACUCAGAGAGUGACCGAGCUCGUUGGAUCCACUCCAUCCAGGGGAACCAUGAUGACCUCAUCAACAAAGAAGGCCUCCCACAGGUGGAGAUUAUCAAAGCCUUCCUGGCCAAGCAGCCAGAUGAGCUGACACUUCAGCAGGCCGAUGUGAUCAUCGUUCUCCAGAAGGUUGAUGGCUGGUACCAGGGAGAGAGGAUACGUGAUUGGGAGAUGGGCUGGUUUCCUGAGUCCUGCGCCAAGAUGAUAACCAAUCGCAGUGCAGUGCAACGAAAUGUCCAACGAAUGGAGAGAUUGCGGAUUGAAACUGACGUCUAGUUCCUGCAUCAGAGUCGAAGUUCCAUUUGCCCUGAUAUAACGGAACCUGGAUUUUAACAUACCUGCCAAGGACAUUAAACCAAACUUAGUAACCAAUGAUUCCCGUUAGUCAUUGCCAUCAGAUUGUGUAAUUGUAUCACCUGGGGCUGAAUGACCCAUCAAAAUGAUCAGUGGAUUGAAUAUGUUAGUCAGGGUGGUUAAGGAAUACAUUUUUCAAAAGGGGUUUGAUUGUGAUCACAAAUGAUUGGUAUCCCAGUCGCCAGCUUCUUUGAUUACACCCUGUGUGUGCGGCAAGGCACUUUUUUUUAUUUAGAAACAAUUUAGUUUUUAUAACAACGCAGGACCCCUAUGACCAUGGACAGUAUGAGGGGGAGAGGGUGGGGCCGGAGUGAGAGAGGGUAACUGUAGUUAAAACCUACCGUUCCUGAUUUUUCCCAUGAGUUCAGUUCCUCAAUCCAGGAGGGAAAUUCCAGCCUUACGAAAGCAGAUCCUGUUUCAAUAGCCAACAUGCGAAGGUUUUAAGAAUUUUUUUUGCUUUGCUGUAGAUUGUUGUCAAUCAGAAACAUGGUGCGAGGUCUGUUUCAGCAGGCAAAGCCAUUGAUCAGUGCUCGUUCCAUCUUAAACACCUGAAAGGUAAAAACUAAUACGAAGCUGACCCUUACUUGCACUUUCUGUGGUGAGAGGGAGGUUGUGUGUAUGACUAGGAGCAGCUCUGUAAAAGUUCAUUACCGUCAGCUCAGUUCAUGAAGAAGAUGUUGACUGAUCAUAUGGGCUCUGUCACAAAGAUUCUCAGUCAAACUUCUCUCUCUCUUCUCAACCUUGCGAAUAAUUUGUGUACAGUUGGCUGUAGUUCCCUUUUCAGACUGCUUGCAUUCUGUCUAUCUGGCUUUGGAAGGGGUAGUGAGACUUUUAAACUUCUGAAGCCAUAUCAACCAGACCAGACUGAUGCUCGUGAGCACUUCAACACUGCACACACACUGUUCCAAGGAGGGUGAGCAGCGAGAGUGGAGCAGGUAGACCAGGCAGAACCCCUGUGUCAAUGACUGGAUAAACAGGACUAUGCUGUUAAGCUGAUGGGUUGCCAACGCUAAUUUGCUAUAUUCAAGCUUCUGGCUCUCCCACCUCAACAGCCCUGGUUGUCUUUAAUUUGAGUAAGCUUUAUUUUGGUAUUUUUUGUACUAAAGUGCCAGAAAUGUUCAUCCCUGAGGAUCCUUCUCUCUUCCACCACCCCCCCCCCCCCCCGCCCGCGCCCCCAUGAACUGACCUUGUGAUGCACUGCUCACAGUCCCCUGGGUGGCGUGACCUGGUGAGUGCCAGCCGUCCUCUUGCAUGUUACAAACAUGGACUUUUUCUGGACUCAGUUGUUUAUCUGCCAAAGAUUCUGAGGUUCUGGUGGUCAGGGACGGGCAGGAAAACCACCCACAGUUGCCCAAUUCCCUGGCAACAAUGAGCCAAACUGGUAGGGAACUGCCAGGUUCAGUACCCACCCAAAGCUAAAAUGUUUGGGGGUUGGAGGUGGGGGGGAUGCAGUUGUAGACACGUAGAAUCAAUGAUCAGCUAAAACAAUGAUCAGUGUUCUGGAAGGAGGGAGAUCAGCGAGGGUCUUUUCCCUUUGCCCAAUACUUGGUUGGCUUUGAACAUGUCUGCAGUGAUUAAGUAACACCCUGUACCAUUGCUAGCUCAUUUUCCUCAACAGCAAUGGAAAACACAACAGAGCAUGCACGUAUUGGACAGCUGAUUUGCUCUCUCCUGCUUUACAUUGCUGCUGAAAUACAUCUUGCUCAAGUAAUGGGGCAAAGGGUUUUGAGAAAAGGAAGAUUCUUUAAUUUUGAGGAGGGUUUUAAUUGUCACCCAGUAUAUCUUAACAAAACUAACCAGUGAAAGGCAACAACUUGGAAGUGGGCUCAGGAUUGAGGGUAUAAAAAACCACUUUGAUUUUGUUGCUGCUGCUGACCCCUUUGUUAAGAGUAUCAACUCAUCAUUCGCCUUCUGCCAUUUGAUCAUCACUCUGGAACUUGCCAAAUGUUUAUUAAUUAAAUGAUAUAUAUUCCUGAGAUUGUCAGUUUUUAA